AGUAUUUUACUUAGUAUCCCAUCUCUGUCUCUUACAGAUUAUAUUAUUAAUGAAUUAAAAAGCGUUUCAUCUUUCUCAAUUUGUUAUGAUGCUUCCAAUAAAGGAAAUGCUAAAAUGGUUCCAAUUGUAGUGCAAUUCUUUUCAAAAACGGGUGUCAAACAUGGUAUUCUUGAAUUUAUUGAACAAAUGCAUGAAUCAGCUGAUGCUCUAAUUACAAAUAUUAAAUACGUUUUGGAAGCGAAUGAAUUAAAAUUGAAUCAAUUAGUUUCACUUGGAUCUGAUAAUACUAAUGUUAAUGUUGGCUGUCAUCAUAGUGUAUUUGCUUUAUUUGAAAAACUUAUACCUGGUGUAAUAAAAGGAUCAUGUUACUGUCACGUGCUACACAAUUCGGUUAAGCACGCAAAUGAACAUUUGCUGUUUGAUAUUGAAACAGCAUUGUUGAAAAUAUAUUCUCAUUUUUGCAGAUCAUCUGUUCGCUCACAAGAAUUAAUAAAAUAUCUUGAAUUUGUUGACAAAGAACAGCAGGUUAUACUGAAACAUAUUAAAUUGAGAUGGUUAAGUCUUCUAUCAUCUAUUGAACGUCUCAUUAGUGUUCAUCCAAUUGUUAAAAGUUAUUUUUUAAAUCUGCAUAGUGAUGAAUGUCCGGCGCUUUUGUUAGAAUUUUUUACAUCACAUAACAGUGAAUGUACGUUGUUCUUUUUAACAAAUAUUUUACCAGAAGUACAAAAUGCAAAUUUAUUAUUACAACGUGAAUAUACAACGGGUGUUAAUAUACAUGACAUUAUUACAAAUUUACUUCGUAAAUUAAAGAAUCGUUUACAGAAUGAAAUUUUUGGUUGUAAAGUUGCUCAAUUGCUUGAGGAUUAUCCAAUAAAACAAGUUGAUGAUUUAAAAAAAUCAUUUAAAGUAUUUAUUCGUUCAGUAAUCGAUUAUAUUGAGAAAUAUUACAAUAAUUAUAAGUCAUUUUUUCAAUCAAUUUCUGUUUUCGCUGAAGUUGAUAUUGAAAAAAUCGAUUGGCGAAGCAUUCAACAAUGCUCUACUUUUGUUGCCAAUCAAACAAUUGAUCUUGAUGAUUUAUGUAAUGACUUUAGUCAUAUCAAAUCAAAAUAUUUUGAUUUAAAACAAAGAUCUGGUGGAAUUACAACACAAGUACAAUCAUUUAUUGUUUCGAAUUUGGGCCAAUCAAAAUAUAAUGGUGCAUCAGUUGGAGAUGGAGCAAAAUUAUGUAGUGAUUGUGAUCUUCAAGGUGAUCUUGAUGAUAGUGACACCAAUGAUGAUGAACCUGAUGCUAAAGUUUACAAACAUAAGAAAACAAAUAAAUCAAUUCGACCUGAUCAUUUAUGGGCCUUUUUACUUGAUAAUGAACAUGUACCUAAUUUACGAAAUUAG